AUUUGGCCGGCCUUGCUGCGGUCACACUUUCCGGCUGAAGAAUUCACGCAGUUGGAAGGUUUUGAAAUUGCAAACAAAAAAAACAAAAAGCGUACAAGAUGGAGCGCGAAAUAGCGCACAAUUUGUCUCCCGGUGAUCCGCGCACCAGUGACGUUGCACCCGGGCAGGUGAAAACUUUCGGGGAACUGAGAUUAUGCCCCUACAUGCUGCGCGGCCUGAAGCGCCAUAAUUUUUUGACGCCAACGAAGAUUCAGGCGGCUGCCAUUCCAAUGGCCCUAAGUAAUAUGGAUCUAUUGGUCCAGUCCAAAAGUGGAACUGGCAAGACGCUGAUUUAUUUGAUUGCGGCCAUGCAGAGUUAUCGUCCCCAAAUGACUAAACCUCACGCCCUUAUUGUGGUUCCAACUCGGGAAUUGGCCAUCCAGGUGGAGGAUACCUUCCGCUAUUUGUGCGAGUUCUUCCCGCACUUCAAGUGCGCUUCAUUUAUUGGCGGCACCGAUGUGGCCAGAGAUCGCAGGCGAAUCAAUCAGAGUCGCGUUAUCAUUGGAACUCCCGGACGUCUGUUGCAUCUAUAUGAAAACCGUGUCCUGGAUGUUUCGAAACUGGGUCUCCUGGUGCUCGACGAAGCCGAUCAGUUGUAUCAAACCAAAGGUCUGCAGGAAACAGUCCAUAAAAUUCUUAAGGCCGUACCCAAGAGAAUUCAAAUAAUAGCCUGCAGUGCCACAUACGAUCAGGACUUGGAUGUCCGCCUGGCCAAGAUCAUGAAGACACCCAUGCUCAUAUCGAAUAGCGAAAGGGCCACGGUUUUACUGGGCAUCCGUCAAUUUGUAUACGAGUUGCCCAAACAAAUCAACAGUGUGCAGGAGAUGCGCCUUAAAUUGGAGAUUCUCACCAAGAUUUUCGAGCAGUUGCCUUAUGAGCAGGCCGUUCUAUUUGCCAGCUCGCAGAUGCGAGCCGACUCCUACAGAAACUACUUGACAGCUGGUGGAGUCCAAUGCAAUUUGAUAUCGGGAGCCAUGGAACAAUCGGAGCGUUUGGAUGUCUUCGAGGGCUAUAGAAACUUCACCAUGCGCACUUUGGUGGCCACCGAUUUGAUGGCCCGCGGUGUGGACUCGCCACAUGCCAAUCUGGUUAUAAAUCUCGAUCCACCACAGGAUUAUGUGACCUAUCUGCAUCGCAUUGGUCGCGCCGGCAGAUUUGGUUCAAAAGGCAUUGCCAUAACUUUUAUUACCUCAGAGAAAGAGGCCUUUAAAUUUAAGCAAAUGGUCAACAAAGCUGCUACAGCUUGGUCUGUCCUAGAGUUUCCGAAGGAACCAAUGCCCAAGGACUUCAAUUUCUGGGACUUUGAUAAAUACAAUUUUGAAUAUUACAUCAAGGAGAGUAAUCCGCUACAGGAAAUGCCAGCAAAGCCCGCAAAUCCUGUGUUAAAUGCAAAUCAUGAUCAAAGCAAAGAGGAUAAACCUACUGUUUCUUCUAAAGAACAAUCGGAGGCCUUAGAAAAAACUCAGAAGCAGGAGGAUACAGUAAAGAAACUUAAAAAAAAUCAGGAGAACAUCCAAUGUGGUUCCAAAAACAAACAAGAGGCCUUAGCAAAUGUUGGUGAAACAGAUAAAGAUAUUAAGAACAACAAUUCAAAAACUAUUCAGUCCAAAGAAAAAGUGGACAUGGAAAACGCACCACAUACUUCACAGAAAAAUGCAAAUAUCAAUAUUAUAGAUGUAAAACAAGGCAACACUUGCUCGAAACCAGAAGAAGCCUUAAAAGCCAAGGAUAAGGAAAUUAAAAUUUCGAAAAAAACUAGACAAAUUUCUCCAUCCAAGAUUUUUGCAGAUGCGUUGUUACAGAUCGAAAAACAAACAUCUCCUACAGAAAAAGCUGAGAAGCAGCUAACGCCUGUGAUCAAAGUCAAUGAGUAUUACCUAAAGGUCUAUUUAGAAACCGGAAUAAAAUCAUCAAAUGAAAAAGAAAAUCAACCUGAUAAUGGAGCAGGAAUCCAGCUUCAGGCAAAGAGUACCUUGAACCCAGAAGAGAUGAUUUCUCCCGAAUUGACGCCGACCUUAACACCACUGGACUUAACCCAUGAGCCAUCGCCAACCACUGUGUCACCGCCAGCUCCACCAGUUAACUCGAUUAACAACAAGACCUACUGUCUGGCUGCUCCAACUCAGACCAGUUCGAUGACCAUUCAAAACAUGGUUAUUUCAAACACGGUCGACGAUGCCAGUAGCAUCAGUUCGGAUAGCAUGGGAUGCGGUUAUCACAGUGACAAGUCCUACGAUACCAUCUACACAAGUAGUGAUGAGGGGAUAAUCUGGGAGAGAUUCGAGUCCAACAGGAAGAAGCGUUUGCUGAAGAGAGUUAAGGGAAAACGCCACCAUUUGCUUUGCCAACGACCUGAACCAAAUUCAAAGCCGAAAGUUAAGCGCAACUUUAAACUAAAGAAACUUGAUAUGUAUAAAAAUGUCUCACUUUUGCCACGCUUGAAUCUAAAUUAUCUGCUCAACAAAAUGAAAAAUCGUGAGCAAAUUUUGGAACGCUUGUACAACUACAGCAAGAAACAUAAAAUGGAUAAUGAAGAGGUGGGCGUUUUCCUAGAUAAUCUCUAUGACGCCAUGCUUGAACUUUACUACAUCAACCAUGAGGAUUUGAGUAAGCUGGUAUCAGAAUCCCUGAAGGACGACUUACCCUCCCUUGUGAACAGUCCAAGUCAGGAGUCUAUCGUUGUGGAGCCACAGAACAAGCUGAGUGUUCAUGUUACCCAUCGCAUGGAUAUUCCUCCUUUGCCUCAGGCGAAUAUUGAAGUUGUCGCAGAAAGUGGAUCCGAAUCAGAGGACUCGGAGUUCAAUGAACACGAUGAUGAUGAUGAUGAUGAGGAAGAGUUGAGCGAUGAACACAAUUCUUCGAGCGGCUUUGUAGAGAGCAACGAGAGUGCUUCAUCCGGUAUUGAUACCUCAGUUUACGAAACGGAUUCCACAGAUGAUGAGGAAUAUGGCCUUUACUCGCCUGAUUUCGAUGAUAGUGAGGGUGGUAAUUUGGAGUCCUCCGAGGCAGAUGUUGGCUCUGCAGAGGAAGAGGACGAUGAGGAUACCGCUAGCAACGUCAGCUUGGCUGGAUCAAGCACCCAGGGAUCUGUGGAGGAAAGCAGCGCCAACGAAUCUUUGGAAGGUGAUGAUUCGGAUACUCUGACUGAUGUCAAUCCCAUGCGGCACGACAAUAGCUAUGCCCAAUCAUUGUGGCAUGAAACUUUCCAGAUGCAGUACCAAUUCAUUGCAUCCCAUGUGGCCAACAACAUAAGAAACAACAACUAAAAGUGCUAUGGAAGCACAAACUAGUCGAAGCUCAGGCAUUAUCAUUAGCUAUUCACUUUAUUCACAGAACGAAACGGUUCAGUUCCAAGAGGCUGUAUCAGUCUCUCUCUUUACUUCUUAUAUAUUAGCCGAAUAACACUUUUUCUUUCACUUGAAUACUCAAUAUCAAAGUAGUUGAUACCGUGUUAUGGACUUUUGAAUGCGAACGAUGAAUAUUUUAUAUGCAAGCCAUUAAUUGCAGACUUUGUUACCAAAAAGAAAUGAAUAAAACACGAAUUUUAAAUUUGAA